AUGUCAAUGUUAACUCGUAAAGGAACUAUGGUUAGGAAACCUCGCCGGAAGACGUCAGUGAGACGUACACGGUCAGCGGGAAGUUACACCAGUAACCAAAAUGAUUCAUCCGUACCAGCUUCACCUAUAGCUAAGUUUCAUCAUACCGGAUCAUUUAAAUCAUCCCCAGCUAAAAGUAUCAACAGCGCAGUUCUAUCCUCAGAAGACGAGCGACAGUUUUUUCGAUCAAGUUUAGAUUGGAGUGAAGCUAUAUCAGCUAGUAAAGUAGAAAGGGAGGUGAUUGUUCAGAUUCAAGAAGCCAAUACGGAGGCAGAAAACGCAUGUGAUUUUUUAUGUCGAGCUCACAGAAUCAUUUGUAGCAGUUCAUUUAUGACCGGUUCCUUGGCAGUGAUAUUAAUUUUACCAAUAGCUAUGAUAUGUAUAGGAGUGAAGUAUUUAAAUGAUUGUCCAAUUCAACCAAUGAUACCAGUUUAUUUAUUAGUGGGAGGAUGUUUCGGAUUAUUGAAAGUGACGUCAUGUUUUUGGCAGACAAUGCAAGCUAAGAAGGAGGGGAGUAUUGACAAUUUGUUGGAGCACGAUCGCAGGGGUCUGUUUUCCUCUCGAACUAAUAAAUUCAUGGGCUGUAUUGUCAGUAUGUUUCUGAUUGUUUGGCACGUUUUGGGAACAUUUUGGGUAGGUUCAAUAUGGCGACCACCUUAUCUCCAACAGGUUCACGACCCUAACAAUUGGUGUGAUUCAACCGUGUACAUAUUCGCCGUCAGUGAAAUAUUGGGUGUGUUCUGCUUUCUGUGCCUUUUUUGUCUGACAUUUUGUUUAUUGGCUUCUUGUUUUCGAAUGUGUGGAAUCAAUGUUGGAACCCAAACAGAUCUUUAA